GCCAGAACAUGUCUUCCGGCUGGCGGUCAGCAAAGAAAUUGCUCGUUUUCUUAACAAAGUUGCUGCUUACUGUGCUGGAAGCUGUGGUUUUUACUCUACUCCCAAAGCCACGGAAGAGUGUUGCUGGUGAAGUAGUGCUGAUCACAGGCGCGGGGAGUGGCCUCGGGAGGCUCUUAGCCUUGCGGUUUGCCCGCCUGGGAUCUGUGCUUGUCCUCUGGGAUGUCAAUAAGGAAGGGAACGAGGAGACCAGCAAGAUGGCUCGGGAAGCUGGAGCCACAAGAGUGCACGCCUAUACCUGUGACUGCGGUCAAAGGGAAGAAGUAUAUAGAGUGGCCGAUCAGGUUAAGAAAGAAGUUGGCGAUGUUUCCAUCCUAAUCAACAAUGCUGGAAUUGUAACAGGCAAAAAGUUCCUCGACUGCCCAGAUGAGCUUAUGGAAAAGUCAUUUGAUGUGAAUUUCAAAGCACAUUUAUGGACUUAUAAAGCCUUUCUCCCUGCUAUGAUUGCUAAUGACCAUGGACAUUUAGUUUGCAUUUCAAGUUCAGCUGGAUUAAUUGGAGUAAAUGGGCUGGCAGAUUAUUGUGCAAGUAAAUUUGCAGCCCUUGGAUUUGCUGAAUCUGUAUUUAUAGAAACAUUUUCUCAAAAACGAAAGGGGAUCAAAACCACAAUUGUGUGCCCAUUUUUUAUAAAAACUGGAAUGUUUGAAGGUUGUACUACUGCCUGUCCUUCUCUGUUGCCAAUUCUUGACCCAGAAUACGCAGUCGGAAAAAUCGUAGACGCUGUUCUGCAAGAAAAACUGUACUUGUACAUGCCCCGGUUUCUGUACUUCAUGGUGUUCUUAAGAAGCUUCUUGCCCAUCAAGAUGGGACUGCUCAUAAUCGACUAUCUGGGCAUCUUUCAUGUAAUGGAUGGCUUCACGGGCCAAAGGAAGAAACAAUAAAGACCAACUCUAAGGCCGAUGUCAUCUGAUACCCGACGUUACACAAUGGCUGUUUCAAUGAAGAAAAGUAUUUUUGUCAAACAGUAGAAUAUAUCUGGAGUCCACAAGUACCAUUCUUACUCUGUUAUCUGGACUAGAAUUUUCAACCAAUACUUUUAAAAGUAAUGUCGCUAUAACCUUUUAUUGAGUUUUGUUUUUUGUUUUUUUCUCCCCAAAAAUGAAGACCCAGUGUUGUCAUUUCCAUUA